AUCUGGGCUCACCAAGCCCAGCCACGCCCAACUCCCUCAGCGGCCAGUCAUCUGACCAAUCUGUUGUUGGUCAGGUGACAGCGGCGGGGCGCACUUCGCAGAAGGCGGAAGGCCGGCGGGCGCCAGGCCAGCGGCUGGAGCUGGCAAAAAAGGUCUGGGGCUGUCCUGGUGACAUGCUGCUCCCAGAGGUCCCGAGGCUGGUGCGCAUGCGCUUGGCGCUCCUGCUGCUAUGGCACCUGCUGUCGCUCCUGCCACGCUGCGGGGCCGCGGACCCCCAGCCCUACGACCCUACGUGGGAGUCUCUGGACAGCCGGCCGCUGCCCUCCUGGUUCGACCAGGCCAAGUUCGGCAUCUUCAUUCACUGGGGGGUGUUCUCCGUGCCCAGCUUCGGGAGCGAAUGGUUCUGGUGGUAUUGGCAAAAGGAAAAGAGACCCAAGUUUGUGGAGUUUAUGAAUGAUAAUUACCCCCCUGGUUUUAAGUAUGAAGAUUUUGGAGUGCUAUUUACAGCCAACUCUUUUAAUGCCUACCAGUGGGCAGAUAUUCUCCAGGCCUCUGGCGCCAAAUAUGUUGUCUUGACCUCCAAACAUCACGAAGGCUUUACCUUGUGGGGUUCACCCUAUUCCUGGAAUUGGAAUGCAGUUGACGAGGGGCCAAAGAGGGACAUUGUCAAGGAGCUUGAGGUGGCCAUCAAGAACAACACUGACUUGCACUUUGGACUGUACUAUUCCCUUUUUGAAUGGUUCCAUCCACUCUUCCUGGAGGACAAAUCCAGUUCAUUCCAAAAGCAGCGAUUUCCCAUUUCUAAGACGUUGCCUGAGCUCUAUGAGUUAGUGAAGAAGUACCAGCCCGACGUCCUGUGGGCAGAUGGAGAUGGGGGAGCACCAGAUCACUACUGGAACAGUACUGGUUUCUUGUCCUGGCUGUAUAAUGAAAGCCCAGUUCGGAAGACAGUGGUCACCAAUGAUCGUUGGGGAGCUGGUUCCAUCUGCCAUCAUGGCGGCUUCUAUACCUGCAGCGACCGUUACAAUCCUGGACACCUUUUGCCACAUAAAUGGGAAAACUGCAUGACGAUCGAUCAGUUCUCCUGGGGUUACAGGCGGGAAGCUGGAAUCAAUGAUUAUCUUACAAUUGAAGAAUUGGUGAAGCAACUUGUGGAAACCGUCGCAUGUGGAGGAAAUCUUUUGAUGAAUAUUGGUCCCACACUAGAUGGCAUCAUUCCUGUGAUUUUUGAAGAGCGGUUAAGGCAGAUGGGAACGUGGCUCAAAGUCAACGGGGAAGCUAUUUAUGAAACACACCCUUGGAGAUCUCAGAAUGACACUUGCACUCCAGAUGUGUGGUACACAUCUAAACCUGAGAAACAAAGAGUCUAUGCUAUUUUUCUUAAGUGGCCCAUCUCAGGAAAGCUGUUUCUUGGAGAACCUGUGGCUAGUCUGGGGGAGACAGAGGUACAACUACUGGGCCAUGGACAGCCACUGACUUGGACUUCUGCAAAGCCAAAUGGCAUCACAGUGGAGUUGCCACACCUAAGCUUUCAUCAGAUGCCCUGUCAAUGGGGAUGGACUCUCACGCUAACUAAUGUGACUUAACUUGCAGCUGGGAGAUGUGUGCCUCAGGUAACUCUAACCCCAGGGAAUAGCAGGUUUUCUUAAAAGGAGCACUAAUGAAAUCGUGGCAAAAAUGGUAAGAAAAAGCUACUGAUAAGGCAAUGUAGCCUCCUUUCUUCUUUCCUAGAUUGCUUAUGUUACUGUAGCAUAUUUCAAUGCUUUCCUACUAAGUCUCUUCUCACUGAAUUCAUUUCACCUGUCAAUCACAGGUGGCAAUCUGUUCUAGAGAAUGUAGAAACUGAUGAUGUUAUGGACUGAAUUCUCUCCUAAGUCCUAUUCUUAGAUAGAAGCCCUAACACCCCACUGUGGCUGCAUUUGGAAACAGAACACUUGAUGAGAUGAUUAAGAUUAAACUGAAUCAUAAGGCUAGCCCCGAUGUGAAAGAAUCUGGUGUCCUAUACGAGAAAGAGACAACAAAGAUGUAGGAGUCCAGGGGAAAGCCGUGUAAAGUGACGGCAAGAAGGCCGUCAUCUGCAAGCCAAGAAGAAUGCAGAAGAAACCAAAUCUCCCAACACCCUGAUCUUGGACUUCUGGCCUCCAGGACUGUGAGAAGAGUAACUCCCCGUUGUUGAAGCCAUCCAGGAUGUGUUUGAUCUCUCCCCACCCACUCAGUUAUGAAUCCUCAUAUACAAUGCAGGCAGUAUGUAAUAAAUUUGGUUGGAUGUGUUUUUCCCAUGAACUCAGUAAUUAUCUUUCCAUUGUAAAGACUUCCCUCUUAUUUAUAAAACUAAUUGCUGUAGA